CUACGUAGAAAGGACCCAAUUCUGCCGUCAGCCCCAGUUCUCGGAGUACAAACUUGUAGCAUUGGAGAUUAUGUCGGCGACUGAACUCAAUCUUGAAGCCGAGCCCAGCCCAACUUCGAAGUGAAGGACGGAAGUACUACGCCACUCUUGGGAGCAAGAAGUACAACUACUACCACAACUGUACUUCCCUCUCAAAUCUCAAUUCUUUUUCUUCUUCAAACUCGGAGAUUUCUGGCGCCGGUUGAAAACAACAAGAAGAAAAAGAAAAGGAAAAGGAUAACACAAGGAAUGGUAGUAGCAUCCUCUGCCUCUACCUGGCCAACGUGCGCCCUUCUUCCUCGCCAAGGGCUUCAUGGAAUUCCGGGUUCACCUCGUACCAUCCGAUGGACAAACAAAGAGCGACGUUGUAAGAGGAAAAGUGGGCCGGCAAUUACUGCAAAAUUUGAUCUCAAGCCUCCUCCAUAUCCACUGAAUGCUUUGGAGCCACAUAUGAGCAAAGAGACCCUGGAGUAUCAUUGGGGGAAGCACCACAGGGGCUAUGUGGAGAACUUAAACAAACAAAUUGUAGGAACAGAGCUAGACGGGAUGUCAUUGGAAGAUGUCAUAGUUAUAUCAUACAAUAAAGGUGAUAUUCUUCCAGCUUUCAACAACGCAGCUCAGAUUUGGAACCAUGACUUCUUUUGGGAAUCCAUGAAACCAGGCGGUGGAGGAAAGCCAGUUGGGGAUCUUCUAGAACUGAUUGAAAGGGACUUUGGGUCUUAUGAAAAAUUUGUGCAAGCGUUCAAGUCAGCUGCACUCCAACGAAAGGGCACCACAGAACCUUCAUCCAUGGCCCUCACGGCCCCUUUCUCCUCCCCUCUUCUCCUUCCAUAUCAUCGUCACCAUGCCCACCUCAACCCCAACCCCAACCCAACUCUCUCCUUCAGAGGAAGUAGAAUCAGGGCUGUUGGGAACAUUGACCUGCUGGGUGACUUUGGGGCCAGGGACCCCUUCCCAGCAGAGGUGGAGAGUCGUUUUGGAGAGAAGGUGCUGGGAAAUGCAGGCACCGAUCACAAGAUCCUUAUCCCCAACCUCUCCGCGCUCUCUCUUUCCCAGCAGCAGUGCGCCCCUCUUUCUCCUUUCCAAGCCCCCAUGACCGCCGAUGAGGCUCAGAAGCUCUUGAAAAAGGUGGUUGGCUGGAGGCUACUAGAUGAAGAAGGCGGGCUUAAACUUCAAUGCUUGUGGAAGCUGAGAGAUUUUAAAUGUGGGGUUGAACUCAUCAAUAGGAUUUAUGAUCAGGUUGCAGAAGCUGCAGGGCAUUAUCCAAAUAUCCACUUGGAACAACCCAAUCAAGUUAGAGCUGAACUUUGGACAGCUUCCAUUGCCCAGCCCAACUUCGAAGUGAAGGACGGAAGUACUACUACACCUCCACUCUUGGGCGCAAGAAGUACAACUACUACCACAACUGUACUUCCCUCUCAAAUCUCAAUUCUUUUUCUUCUUCAAACUCGGAGAUUUCUGGCGCCGGUUGAAAACAACAAGAAGAAAAAGAAAAGGAAAAGGAUAACACAAGGAAUGGUAGUAGCAUCCUCUGCCUCUACCUGGCCAACGUGCGCCCUUCUUCCUCGCCAAGGGCUUCAUGGAAUUCCGGGUUCACCUCGUACCAUCCGAUGGACAAACAAAGAGCGACGUUGUAAGAGGAAAAGUGGGCCGGCAAUUACUGCAAAAUUUGAUCUCAAGCCUCCUCCAUAUCCACUGAAUGCUUUGGAGCCACAUAUGAGCAAAGAGACCCUGGAGUAUCAUUGGGGGAAGCACCACAGGGGCUAUGUGGAGAACUUAAACAAACAAAUUGUAGGAACAGAGCUAGACGGGAUGUCAUUGGAAGAUGUCAUAGUUAUAUCAUACAAUAAAGGUGAUAUUCUUCCAGCUUUCAACAACGCAGCUCAGAUUUGGAACCAUGACUUCUUUUGGGAAUCCAUGAAACCAGGCGGUGGAGGAAAGCCAGUUGGGGAUCUUCUAGAACUGAUUGAAAGGGACUUUGGGUCUUAUGAAAAAUUUGUGCAAGCGUUCAAGUCAGCUGCAGCUACACAGUUUGGUUCUGGUUGGGCCUGGCUUGCUUAUAAAGCGAAUAGACUAGAUGUUGGAAAUGCAGUAAAUCCUCGUCCAUCUGAUGAGGACAAAAAGCUUGUGAUAGUGAAGAGUCCCAAUGCUGUCAAUCCACUUGUCUGGGACUAUUCUCCACUCCUUACCAUUGAUGUUUGGGAGCAUGCUUACUACCUUGACUUUCAGAACCGUCGACCUGAUUACAUAUCAAUCUUCAUGGAGAAGCUUGUAUCAUGGGAAGCAAUCAGUUCUAGACUUGAAAUCGCAAAGGCUCGAGCUUCUGAAAGAGAGCAAGAGGAAGAAAGGAAGAAAAGAGAUGAAGCGGAGAGAAAGGCAGACAAAGAAGCGGUUGAGAUGUAUGUGGACAGUGGUACUGAUGAUUCGGAGGCCGAAUGAAUUCAGUUUGUUUUGCAGUGACAGUCAAUUGAGAAAUAUCUUUUGGUUGGUUCUCUUAUUUUUCAUUUAAAUGUGAUAUAGAGGUCAGCUUGAGCAGGUACACUAGGUAAAAUGGUUUGUCAGCAAUCUUUUGCACAAUAAUUA